CAGUUGGAGGCGGAGGGACGAGCGGUUACUCACUCCAUGGCUGCGGAAAGGAGAGGCAGCAGCGGCCUCGGCUGAAGAAAGAAGGCAGGAGCGGAGAGCGCAGGCGCGGUUGCAGACGACGCUGACGGAUUUGCUUUGGGAGCCGGAGUAGCUACUGCCACCGGAGUCUGGAGCCAUGAGCGGGUUUAAUUUUGGAGGUACUGGGGCCCCCACAGGCGGGUUCACGUUUGGCACUGCAAAGACAGCAACAACCACCCCUGCUACUGGGUUUUCUUUCUCUACAUCUGGCACUGGCGGGUUUAAUUUUGGGACUCCCUCCCAGCCCACUGGGAGCACCCCUUCUACCAGCCUGUUCUCACUCACUACUCAAGCGCCAGCAACACAGACCCCAGGAUUCAGUUUUGGAACCACAACUCCUGCUGCCGGGGGGACUGGAUUUUCCUUAGGGAUCAGCACGCCAAAGCUAAGCUUGAGCAAUGCUGCUGCCACUCCAGCCACAGCGCAGCCCAGUGGCUUCGGGCUCGGAGGCAGCUCUCUCACCAAUGCCAUCUCAAGCACCGUCACCUCCAGCCAGGGUACCGCACCCACUGGCUUUGUGUUCGGCGCGUCCACCACCUCUUCUGCUCCAUCCACCACGCCCAGUGGCUUCUCGUUCACAGGUGGAAGCACACCCCAGACUGGGGGGACCUCCAGUUUCAGUAUUGGCUCCAUGGGGAGCUCGGCCCAGCCCACAACACUUGCUGGGUUGGCCUUCACUCCCACCACACCAGCAACCACUGGAGCAGGAGCCACACAGCCAUCUGUUCCCGCACCCACUGCUGCCACCUCCGGGCUCUCCCUUGGUGCCCCAGCAACCACAGCUGGAACUUCUGGGGCUGGAAUGCUGGGCUUCAGCUUAAAGGUUCCUGGAGCAGCUUCUACCACAUCCACAGCUACAUCCACCGCUGCUGCCACCACCACCACCAGCAGCUUUGCCUUGAAUCUAAAACCCCUGGCACCAGCCGGGAUCUCCAGCAAUGCGCCCACAGCCAUAACCACUCCAUCCGGCCCCAGUGCAGCCACUGGGGUGUCCACCACCAGUCCUGUGAUGACCUAUGCCCAGCUGGAGAGUCUGAUCAACAAGUGGAGCCUGGAGCUGGAGGACCAGGAACGGCACUUCCUGCAGCAGGCCACACAGGUCAACGCCUGGGACCGCACACUGAUCGAGAACGGGGAGAAGAUCACUGCCCUCCACCGCGAGGUGGAGAAGGUGAAGCUGGACCAGAAGAGGCUGGACCAAGAGCUUGACUUCAUCCUAUCGCAGCAGAAGGAGCUUGAGGACCUGCUGAGCCCCUUGGAGGAGUCUGUCAAGGAGCAGAGUGGGACCGUCUACCUGCAGCAUGCGGAUGAGGAGCGCGAGAAAACCUACAAGCUGGCUGAGAACAUUGACGCACAGCUGAAGCGCAUGGCCCAGGAUCUCAAGGACAUCAUCGAGCACCUGAACACGUCGGGGGGCCCUGCCGAUACCAGUGACCCGCUGCAGCAGAUCUGCAAGAUCCUCAACGCGCACAUGGACUCCCUGCAGUGGAUCGACCAGAACUCCGCCCUGCUCCAGAGGAAGGUGGAGGAGGUGACCAAGGUGUGCGAGGGUCGGCGCAAGGAGCAGGAGCGCAGCUUCCGGAUCACGUUUGACUGAGCUAAGGGCUGCAGGGCCCGCUAGUUCUGAGGGUGUUUGGUGGGGGAGUGUGCAGUUACUGUCUAGCUUUUGUUUGCAAUGAAAUACGUGUUUGAUUGUUUCCUUCAAACAAUCUGUGCUGUCGAGAGAACUGUUUUGUGGUUUGACCUUUCUCAUUAACAAGAAGUAUUCUGAGUGCUCUGGUCCAGGCAGCCACCUAGUAGGUAUGCUUUUUCUGUGUAUCUUUUGUGUAUCCCAGACCCUUUUCUUUUUCUUUUAAUAUUUUUACUGAUUUGAGGUGGGGGGGGGCAUGUGUCCAUGUGAGAGAAACAUCAAUCAGUUGCCUCCUACACACUCCCAAACUGGGGAUCCAACCAGCGACCUUUUGGUGCACAGAACAACGCUCAACAACUGAGCUGCAUCAGCCAGGGUCCAGACCCUUUUCACCUACUGCAACCAUCACCUCAUCCUGCUCACUCCAGCCACAUGCUGGAGAAGUGCCCGCUCAUUUGAGGGCCAUCCGUCUCCCAGCCAGGGUUCCCUGGGUAGCCUCUCUGUCUAUCGCAUAGUCAUAGGUGCAGUGUUAAAAGACUCUUAGUUCUUGGGGGGACAGCUUGGUGUAAGAUGUGUACAUGUGGAAAUUAGCCACCCAUGCAAAGUGACUUGUGACUGGAGAAGACCGUGCGAUAAUGAAUUUCACAAGAGAAGACAAGUUAGAUGAGGGACUUGAAUGAGGUUUUGAAUAAAGGGUCAGACUUGAGCCCAGGGGGUCUUCAUGUAGACACACCUGCUUGGCUUUCAGGCCUCCUUAUGUUAGGUCUCACCUCGGCCACCCCAAAGCUGUGUCAGAUGACCGUCCUGCAGUCCCCACACCACAGCGACCUUGCACCUUUGGUGACUCUUGCCACUUUGUAUUGUGCCGAAUGUUUACUUCUCUGCCUCACUAUUAGAUUGUGAGCCCCUGUGGGCAGGGAGUGUUUCUUGUUCCCCUUUGUGUCCUUGGCACAAUCACUGUUGUAUUUAUCAAAUGAAUGAACAAUAGAGAUGAAACCAGCAUAAAAUGUUAGUCCACAAAAUGCCUGCUGAGGUGGCAGAAGCAGCCCCAGACUUGUUUGUGAACUUCCUGAUGCCAGAGCAAUGCUAGUCACAGUGAGAGCCACAGCGUCCUGACAGCAGGAGCCAGCCGGUUGGAUCGCAAGUGUCUUUCGUGUCUUCACGCUUGGCUGCACUCUGAGAUACCGAGAACUGUUGCUUUCCUGAAUAAAAUACAAUUUAUUG